AUGCGAUGGAGAGGGGAUGAGGUAGCUCAGGCUCGCACAAUAAGAUCAUUUGCGAUGGGACAAACAAGGUUAGGGCUCGGUGGAGGGUGCGACAAUGGUGAGGUGGAGCGUGCGACAAUGGUGAGGUGGAGGAUGCUCGUGGUGGCCUUAAGGUUAGCUGAGUAUGGUGGCACAGAGGGCGAAGGUGGUGCGGGUCAUUUUGAUAGGUUGCAGCGAGGGGAUUGA